AAGUUGACAUGAUGUUUCAUAAAUGCGUUUUGUGCUGCAGAGGGUCGUCCUUUGUAUGUUUUACGUGUGGGUCAGAUGGAUGUGAAAGGACUACUGAAGAGUGUUGGAGAAGGCGGCCUUCUUAAACACUUGAUAGCAGUUGAAGAGGAUGGUUUAAGACGAACAAAGGAGACGACUAUGUCAACUGGGAAGCCGACUUGUACUUGGACGUGUAUUUGUGACUUGGAGGGAUUGAGUAUGAGGCAUUUGUGGCGUCCUGGUUUGAAAGCAGUCCAUCGUAUGAUGGAAGUGUUAAAAGACAAUUACCCGGAGACUCUCAGUCAUCUACUUAUUGUUCGUGCUCCUCGCAUCUUCCCUGUUCUAUGGGCAUUAGUGCACCCUUUCAUAGACCCAAACACUAGACAGAAAAUAGUCAUUUAUGGAGGCAAUGAUCACCAGCAUUCAGUUGGUGGUUUAGCUGACUACAUUCCUCGUGGUUGCAUUCCUGAUUUCCUUGGUGGUCCCUCUAAGUGUGAUAUUCCUGCUGGUGGUCUUGUACCAAAGUCACUCUAUCGACGUUUCAUGGAAGAGGAAAAUGCGAAGGCAUUUGAAGCGUUUUACGAGUCGGCGUCAGUGUCAAAAGGCAAUCCCAAACAGGUUGGUGUGAGUGUGGAAGCUCCAGAGUCUGUCAUCACUUGGGACUUCGAUGUCAUCACCGGCGAUGUGGCUUUCUCACUCUUUCACAGCACACCAGAAUCGCAACAGCUUUCGCGAUCUUUCAGUUACCUUAACAACCCAGACCAUCCACCUAUCAUUGACAUAGAGUCAGCCGAACCAGUGCAAGAGAUGCUGGUAGUUCACGAAGGCCAGUCUGUUCAAGGAUCACACGUCUGUGCCAAAGCUGGGCUCUACAUCAUGCAGUGGGUGUUCACCGUCACUCCAACACCACCCGGAGGCCCAACUCACAGGCAUAGGCAUAAAGCAUCGAUUAUGUUCUGCCAUGACGUUAUAGGAUCAGAAGACUUUAGGGGCUCUGUAUCAAGUUUAGAGUCAUGCGAAGCUGCAGCAGCCAGUAUUGCUCGUAACUCUCCUCAUGGCAAGAAACGAGGACACAUUGCGUCGACAAGAACUCGAACGAUAGCCACACAGACUGACUGCAGUCCAAGUGAAAUGAAACGAUCGACUAUAGUCUGAGAGAUAAGUUGGUGCACCGUCCUUGUGGAGCGCACACUCAAGAUAGUAUUCUGGUACAUUUUUAUUUAGUAAUUAAUUUCAGUAAGAGAUUUCGUUGAUUCUCGAGUCAAUAGAGUCUUCUAGUUUGAUCGUUUACCGAGUGUUUGGAGAGCCAUUUGAUUGGUCAAGGUGUUUACCAUCAGCAGUUGAGAUUCUCAGUAGUAAUGCUUCAGUCACCAGUGUGUUA